CCUCUUUCCCGCCAAACAACAGAAUUCAGAUUUCAGAUCUGAAAGUCGAAUCAAUCCCACCUUCUCUCUCUCUCUCUCUCUCUCUCUCUCUCUCCAGCAUUCCUCUUUCUUAUCCGCAAGGCUGGAAAACCUCAGAAAUCGACAAUGGUGGAUCCAGUAGAUUACUCACAAACACAGAGGAUAGUCUUGCUCAUAGAUCUCCAGCCACUGCUGCGCCUCCAAAACCCUAGCCCCUACCUCACAACCAUCUUCGCCGCCGCGAGGAACCUAGUCGCCUUCCGACCACUCUCGUCUUGUCUCUUCGCCUUCAAGUUCUUCUUUUCAUCUCUCUCGCCUCUCCUCUCCUCGUCCGCCGUCCACCGCCUCGUCCACAAACCGUCCUCCGCCGCCGCCUCACUCUCAUUCGACCACCCUUCCGAAACCCUCAGUUCCCUCUCCCGAACUCUCGAUUCUCUCUCUUCUUCCCCAGUAUCGUCAGAAUCUGCAACUUCACCCCCACGUGCCGCUCACGUGGCCGGGUCCUUGCUUCAGCUUGUCCACGAUUACUCCUGGGAGUCGCAGAAUGAAAAUCUUUCAGGUAGAGUCAGUAAUUUUCCGAAUGUUCGGCCUAAUUUGGUUCUUUUGUUGUUGCCACUGGACUGUGUAUCGAAUUCCUUAUCUGAAUUUAUGAAUGUCGGCGUGGACAAUGAGUUACUAAGCAAUGCAGAUUUGUUCUGUAAAAAUUUUCAGAAUUUUUUUGGUUCUGUUAGUGAUGCUUAUGUUAGUAGAGAUAUUCACUGUACUUGGGUUGGUGUUAAGUUUAUCGUGGGGGACAAUGGAGACAAGAUAGAGACAGAUGAAACCUUGUCACAGUUGGGGUUUCUAAAGGAUGGGAUUAGGAGUUUAGGCUGGGGGUUCUGUUCAACGGACUCCAUUAUCUUGGGCUCUGCUCUUAUUCCGUUUCAAUUGAUUUAUCCAAUGAUGGGGAUUUCAUUCAGUUGUCUUAAUUGUAAUUAUUCUAAAAGUUUCCACGCCCAACUGACUCUUGAGAUAUCGGAUGUAAUGGGAAGGCCUUUGGAGUGCAAGUGCUGUGAUCUUGAAAUGCUGGAUUUGAAGAAGCCAUCAAAACUUAUGACAGCUGAAAUUAUGCAUACACUAGACUUUAGAAACACAGAAAGUGAAGCACUUAAACAAGUUGACAGAUUUUGGGAAUAUCUUGGUGAGGGAGUUAUAAAGAUUCACAUAAGAGCAGUUCAGAAGUGUAAAGAGGACAUGAGAAUUGAAAGCUGCUCGUCUAAUCUUAUUUUAGUACGAGGAGGCUCCGGAGAAUUAGGGAGAAGUAUGAAGAAAAAAUUAAGCACUUUUUUUGCUGAUAGAGUUCUUAAAAUUCUAUUAAGUGAAAUGGGUGAGCUCAUUCAUGGAAAGAUAUUUCCUAUAUGGCAAAUUUUGUUAUGUUUUCUCUGUAGGAAAGAUUAUGUGGCUGUUGUCUCUCUUUCAAGAGGAAAUGGGAAUUGUUUAACAGGUAUCCUUAAGCCUUUUACUGCUCAUUCCGGCCUUCUCUAUAUUGUAGACGAAGAUAUUUGGAAGAACUUAAUUAAAGUAGAUGAGUUUUUGAAGCCCUAUUCUCAUAACAUUUCAACUGGGUCUGUCAGCUCUCAAUUGGGAAUUUUGUCAUCUCUAAACAAUGAAUCUCUGGGAGAUCAAAAUAGAAAAAAGAAUAAAAAAGUUGCAUAUCAGAACCUAACUUGGUUCUCAUUCCACAAAGCAGCCUUUGAAUGCUCUGUAUUGGAGUUGGAGGAGGUCUACUUGGCCAGCAAAUAUAAUGACUCAAAGAAGUUGAAAUUUUUCAAGUGCUGGAUGAAACAGAUUGAGAAAUCAAACUAUGGUUGCUUACCUGUACCAAAUGAAUCCAGAUCUUGUCAAUAUGUUGAAAGAGACAUAGAUGAAAGACUAAUUGGAGCACAUGAUGAAAGUGAACAACCAAUUGCCUCGUAUUUCUGUAGUGGAUCUUCUAACAUACAUGAGGGAGCUGCUUUUGUUUCUUGUUCAGAAACUUCAGAAUCCUUCUUCAGUAAUUUGCCUAGGAAGAUCCAAGAUGGUAUUGAGUCCAAAGGGGUGGACUUGCAGAUCUUGGCUGAGCGACUAGUGAAUUUGUCCAUUUACUGGUUAUACCAAAAGAAUGAUGCAGAUAAUAGUCUGGAGAGUGAAACACCAACAGGAAAUUCCGAUACCUGUUGUGGGAAGGCAGUUGCUAGUAGUAUAAUAAAACUUCUUCUUAAGGAACCCAAGCAAUUGAAGGAGGGGCCCAAGGAUGCUGAUGAAUCAUUUCCAGCGUCUGAUCCAGGAUCUGCCAAUUUAACUUCAGCAGAAACAGUUAGAGAACAUGAAUUGCAGAUUUUAUUACGCAUGGAGAUACUCCGAUCAAUGGUUGGGGAGGGUGUUGAAGCAUCCACAAAACGAAAGCUUGUGAAGGAGAUUUGUAUGCUUUUAGAGAUCAUUCAAUACCUUGUAGAAGGAGGGCUUCAUGGCCAUUUGAGCCUUUAUGAUUAUGUUGAGAAAACCAUUAAAAUCAGGUACUCUCAUGUCCUUUGCGAGGUGGUUCACAAAAUCUAUAGGAAAAUGGAUCUGUUACCAUACGGUGAUGAGAAUGAAUCCUUGAUUCGACUGCUCAACAGCGAGGACAGUAAUCACUCCUGGAGAGAGAAAGACAGAUAUGAGGCUGCUGAAACUAAUAGAAUUCACGAAUCAACCUCAGCAGAAAAUGAGUCUCUCCAAUCACUGGAACAUAAUCAGGACAGUCCCCUUGAUGUUAACAAAGAGGAGCACGCCCGCAGGUUAACCGAGGCUCAAGAGAGGAGAGAGAGGGCUCGCAGAUUUGUUUCGUUCACAACCUGGGUGCCGGAUUUGCAGAGGGUUUGGGCUCCAAAGCAGCCAAAGGCUGCAAGAGCAAAAUCUGAGUUGUCACAGAAGCAACCAAAGAGGAAGGCUCGGCAUAGGGGAAACCACGAUGUAGUUUGUGAGACACCAAUGAUGGUGAAGAACCACAAUGGGAGUAACCCCUCUGUUUCUGUUUCAAAGGCUUUGUUUCAAGAUGAUAGGUGAUUCAAGGUCCAGAUAUUUUGCUGACUUGCCUGAAGAGGCGUUAGCUUUCAUGCUUGGGCCAAGUAACAUCCUUAAUCCAUUGCACACAUCAAGUCAAUAACUUAGCUUACACAUAAGAUUUGUUCCUUUAUGUACUAUGGGAUGCCAAUGUAAAAUGCUGUAAACCCUUUCUAACUUCAUGAUACCUCCAAUUGUUUAUUAGUUAGCUACUUAUAUAUAUAUAUAUACAUAUAUAUAUAUGUGAUUCCAUGUACUUGAACU